CUCUCUCUCUUCCAGCACGACAGUUUCAAUUCAACAACCCCCACCUCUCUCUCUCUCUCUCUCUCUAACCAAAUUGUGGAAUCUACGUUUACACAGUUGAGAGUUGGAACCCAAGAAAGCAUCAAACAAUCAAAUUGUGAUUAACACGCACCUCUAAUCGCAUUUUUCUGGGGUUUGAUGGAGAUUCCCUCUGAGCAACAGAUCGCCAGCAUAUGCUCACACUGCAACAAAGCAAUUCCUGCUCAAAAUUUUGAUCUCCACAUUGUGCAUUGCUCUCGGAACCUGGAAAGAUGUAAAAUUUGUGGAGAUAUGAUCCCCCGAAAGCAUGCCGAGGAACAUUACAUAAAGACACAUGCUCCAGUGACUUGUACACUAUGCAGUGAGACGGUAGAGCGUGAAACACUGGCUCUCCAUAAAGGUGAAUUUUGCCCCCAAAGGAUUGUUACAUGUGAAUACUGUGAGUUCCCAUUGCCUGCAGUAGACCUCUUCAAGCAUCAGGAAGUUUGUGGGAAUCGUACGGAAUAUUGUCAUCUUUGCCACAAGUAUAUUAGGCUGCGUGAAAGAACUGGCCACGAAAACCGGUGUCAUGGUAGUUUUAAUGGUACUACCGUGGGAACUUCCAGGGAUUUUAUUGCACCUGGAAGAGAGGAAGUCGGUGGAAGAAGGCAAGUGCCUCAUUAUUUUUCCCGGAAGAACCUUUUGUUAACAAUUGCAGUGGCAGGCUUUGCUGUUUUACUUGGAUCACUUUUCUUCCAAAGAGAAGCUGAUAAGCAAUUACAUCAUUAAUUGACUCGGAAAAGCAUUCGGUACUCGACUUACAUUUUGUUUCAAGAAACAUAUUAAUAUAUUUGCAUGUAUCUUAAUAUUCUGCAAACUAUCUAUAAGCUCAUUGGAUGAUUGAUAAUGUGAUUUCAUACUGUCUUCUCAAAA